AUGUGGAGACUGAAUGGAUACGAUCUAUUCAUGAAGUCUCACACAGUAAUAAGAUUGGCAGUCCAUUUGCCUAAUCGUCAAAUGGUUUAUUUCAGAGCGGGAAAUGAAGAGCAAGCUGCUCAAAGAGAGCUCAUCCGAGAUACUACGCUGACUGCAUGGUUCAAAUUGAACCAAUCUGAUCAAAAUGCAAUGCAUUUUCUUUAUACAGAUAUUCCUUCUCAAUACAUUUAUGAAAAGAAAGAAACUAAGUGGAAGCCACGCAAAAAAGGUGUUAAUAAAGUAAUUACAAGGCUUUACACAGUGAGCAUCAAAGAUACUGAGAGAUUUUAUCUCCGCCUUCUUCUUCUCCAUGUGGCAGGAGCUAAAUGUUUUGAGGAUCUGAGAAUUGUCAAUGGCGUUCUUUAUGAGACGUUCAAGGAUGCGGCAAUUGCAAAGAAUUUGGUAGAAGCUGAUGAUCUUUGGGAAAAAACAAUGGAAGAAGCGACAGGAUCCCAUAUGCCUGCACAGCUUCGAGAGCUAUUUACUUAUAUUUGCAUUUUUGGAACUCCAACUGAUGUAACAACUCUUUGGAAUAAAUACAAAGAACACAUGAUUGAAGACUUUGUACACAGCAAUGUUGUCAAUCCUGAAAAUAUGGCUUUAAAUCAUAUAUAA